CAGCUACCCUCACCACAGCCGGUGGAAGUGGCACGAGGCGGCCAGUUACAGUCGAGUGCUAUACGAGUGCGUUUUGUUUCGAGUUGGUGGAGUGAGCGAGUGAGCGGAACUCAUGAAGAUGAAGUUGCUGUGGUGCUGCUUCGUGGCAGCAUUGGCGAUGGCGCAGGCGGCGGUAGAUGUGGAGAAGACAGUGAAGCAAGUCCAGAGCAUCCUGCAACAACACUCACAGCUGCCGAGACUCUCACGAGACGAGAUCAUACAACUACUUCAUGACAUAAGAGCCGAAGAUGCCAAGUCUGCUUCAAGAGAGAAAUCUAAAGAAACCACUGAAGCUUACUCUACAGAAAGUAAAGAGUUUCAGUAUAAAUCGACAGAAGCUUACGGGAAGGAUAGUGAUAAUGAAGUCCAUUCUUAUGUAGAGCUGACCGCUUUAGAAGAUAUUUCGUCUAAGGAUAAGUAUGCUGGUGUGUCCGCAUCUACUGAAUCGACCGCCCAAACAAUCAAAUCCAGUGAACCUACCGUGAUGGUAGUGUUACCAUACACACCACGUGAUGCGUCUUCUUUACAAGAGCUGUACACGAAACCUCCAAGGUUCGAAGUAGUGCCUGAGUCUCAAGUUACUCCGGAAGGAAGCAAAAAACCAACUGUUGCUAAAACAAAACUUACUAGCAAUGAAAAAAUUAAGGAGACGUUAACUAACAAUGUCAAAUUAGCUAAAAAGCAUCAGAAGCAAGAAAUUCCUGCUGAGUUCCAGCAAUUUCUGAACACCCCUGGUCUUGCUGGAAAUCCUGGUGAUUACCACUUUUUACUUCCUCUAGAAGGAUUUAAGCCUUUACCGACACCAAAAGCUGUGAACGGAACUGUAGAAUACCCUGAAAAUAUUCUUCUGACUUAUGAUUUAGUGGCUCACGAGUCCGAGAUUGUGCCAGAAAGUGACCCACUGUCUCCGAGCCACGUGAUGUAUGAACCACUUAAACCAGAAUAUCCUUUUGAGCUACAAUCCUCUCCAUCAGAAUCGCAACAUACAGUCCUUCCAUUAGACUUACCGAAGAAACGUUUAACUAAAUCCACUAACAACCCUGACCAGCCAAACUACGAGCCAAUAGACUAUGACUCUGUGAAAGUCAUUCCGUUACAAUUAGGACCAAAACCAGAAGAGCAAGCUGAGGUGGUACUAUUCGAAACCGAUAACAGCAAACGCCAGGCAGAAAACGAAACGAUUUCUUCAGAAAACCUUUCAACAACUGAGGAACCAUCCACGAGUGCAGGAGUGGAGGAGAAGGACUUGACCACAGCUGCUCCGGUGGACUCUUCAGGAGUUGGCAGUGACGCGGGCGCCUCUAUCGCUGACCUUGAAGAGUCAUUCGGAGGCGCUGCCCCUGUGGAGCCCGGAGACUCCGAGCUCCCGCCCCCGAGGAAGAACGGCUUCUACUGGAUGCUGGACCUCAACCACUUCCUUGAAGUCGGAGACGGUGACACUAAAGUUAACAUACGCCUGGAACCCAAACUGGGAGACCCGCAAAUGUUCUUGCCUGUUAAUGUGCCGUGAUUAAUGGACAUUCAAAUUAUGGUUCUAGUCUCUAAUUUAACGGACUUAAAAUACGUUGUGGUCGCAUUUAAACACGACAGACGAAAGUGAACAGCAUUCUUUAAAAGGCUAUUAGUUUAACAAUUGGUGCAAAUCAUGUUGUCGAUGCAAAUUGAUUAACGAUGUUACUAAACAGUAUGUUCUGUGAUUUUAUCGUGGCUCCAUGUCCAUUGCGGCUUUGAAUCGCAAACUUAUGUCUAUAAAGUAACAAUUACAGCAUUGAAUUGUAAACAAAUGGUCCAUUUCUAGUGGUAGAAAGUGAACGACGGUUAUAGUGAAACAAUCGCGUGCCUAUGCACUUGUAAUUAUAAAUUUAUUUGGUAUUGUGUAGUAGAUAUGUCAAGCCAUUCUUGUAGACUAAACGGUUUCUUUAUAUUUUAAUUUUAUUUAGAGAGUGAGAGAGUAAUAAAUAAACUAUUUUGUAUUAA